GACCGGUAGUUACUUCUCUCACUGUGUUGUUGUUGAAAAGAAAAAGAGAAAGGCGAUGCUUUGUGUAAAAGCUCUGAAGGGGUAAUAGCCCUUUUUGAUUCUAGAAUCUAGAUAGCGUAGAAAGGUCUGUUCUUAGUCUUCGUUCCUAAAAUGUUCGAGUUUCUCCCAGAAUCAGAGUGUGAGAACAGUUCCGAAACUCUUAAUUCUAGUCAGAGCUCGAUGAGCAGCGAGAGUUGCAGUAGCUUAGGUCGUCUUUCGUUUGAUGCUCUUGAAAUUCCUGCGAAGACGUCUUCUCAGUCUUCUUCGGAGAAUCUCAAAUUGAAGCCCCACAGGUCAUCGGAUUCUGCCUGGGAAGCCAUACGCUUAGCAUCUUCUGGCCGAAAAGAAGGCUUGAACUAUAGAGAUUUCAAGCUUGUUCGUCUUAUUGGAAGUGGCGACCUUGGGCACGUUUAUCUCUGCCGUCUCAGGAGCUCUUGCUCUGGCGAAGGGAGCUGUUUUUACGCCAUGAAAGUGGUGGACAAAGAAGCACUGGUAUUAAAGAAAAAAAUUGAGAGGUCUGAAACAGAGAAAAGAAUUCUGAAGAUGUUGGAUCAUCCAUUCUUGCCGACUCUGUACGCUCAAUUUGAUGCUUCACAUUACUCUUGCGUAGUGAUGGAGUACUGCUGUGGUGGUGAUUUGCAUACUCUCAGACACAGACAGUCUGGAAAAUGUUUCUCAUUGAGCUCUGCAAGGUUUUAUGCGGCGGAGGUUCUUGUAGCCUUGGAGUACCUUCACAUGCUGGGAAUCGUCUACAGAGACCUAAAGCCGGAGAACGUGUUGGUCAGAUCGGACGGACAUAUUAUGCUCUCCGAUUUUGACCUCUCCCUCUGCUCUGAUGCAAUCCCAGCCGUCGAGUUUCCUGAUUCCUCUCCUGGCCCGAACUCAGCUUCUGACCUUCCGUCAACCUGCAGUGCACGUAAAGCUUCCUCAUUUGGUUGCCUUCCCAACCGGCUUUUCCGGUCACGGAAGGUAAGAACUGUGUCAAAGACCCGGCAGUUUGUCGCCGAGCCGGUGACUGCCCGGUCAUGCUCAUUCGUGGGAACCCACGAGUACGUCUCACCAGAAGUUGCCGCUGGUAAAUCACACGGUAAUGCUGUGGACUGGUGGGCCCUAGGAAUUUUCAUCUACGAGCUGAUCUACGGCCGUACGCCUUUCUCAGGUGGGAACAACGAAGCUACGCUGCGAAACAUUGUGAAACUUCCCCUGCACUUCCCGACGGGAUCUCCGUCAAGUGGGUCAGAAAUGUACGCUCGAGAUCUGAUCUCAAGGUUGCUGGUCAAAGAUCCUGUUCAAAGGCUCGGGUCCAAGAGAGGCGCCGCUGAGGUGAAGACACAUCCCUUCUUUAAGGGAGUAAAUUUCGCUCUCAUACGGUCGUCUAUGCCGCCGGAAAUUCCUGGUCUCCGGCAAUCUAAGGUUACGUCGUCAUCGGAGUCGUGUAGGUAUACGAGGAAAUCGUCGACAAUGACGACGACGGCUUUUGACUACUUUUGAGGUUCAAAUCGGAAGGGAAACGUGGGGUCGUUGAGCCACGUGGUAUCAUCGUAGCCUUGUAUAUUCGGGCCUUUUUAUUUUUAUU